CUUUCUCUUGUCUUUCUAUAUUUUUUUUUGGUUUUUCUUUGUUAUCUUUGCCUAUUGUAAACUUACUCAUCUAAAUGUCAUCUGAUGCUGAGUCCCCCUCCGUGAACCACACACCUUCUACUCUACCUGGAAAGGCCAGUCAGGUUAAACUUGUUUUACUCGGCGAAUCUGCUGUAGGAAAAUCUAGUCUUGUAUUGCGCUUUGUUAACCGAGAAUAUGUCGAUAACAGAGAACCUACGAUUGGAGCUGCCUUCCUAACCCAAAAAUGUCAUUUGAAUGACCGGUCGAUCAAAUUCGAAAUCUGGGAUACAGCUGGUCAAGAGCGUUUCCACUCUCUUGCACCAAUGUACUAUAGAAACGCUCAGGCUGCUGUAGUUGUUUACGAUAUUACGAAAUCAGCAACACUCGAAAAGGCUAAAUCAUGGGUCAAGGAACUCCAACGUCAAGCUCAUCCUGAAAUUGUAAUCGCCUUGAUUGGUAACAAACUCGAUCUUGUCCAGGGCGAGCCUGAGAGUGAAUGUCUCCGACAAGUUAAUAAGGAAGAUGCUCAGGCCUAUGCUCAUGAAGCUGGUCUUUUAUUCUUUGAAACAAGCGCAAAAUCGUCUGAAAACGUCGACCUUGUAUUUGCUGGGAUUGCCAAAGAUAUCCCGCUCGAACACAUAGUGAUGCAGGGCCGAGGUGCCCACUCAACUCGUGGAGGUAAUCUCAAUGGUAGAGUUGACCUUAACCAGCAAGUAUCUGGCUCAGGAUCUAGCCGCUGUGCCUGCUGAGUGAUUUCAACGCUGAGCAAGAAACAUAAAACGCUAAGCCAAAAAAAUACCCAUCUUCCAUGAAUCAAGAAGUAUCCCCCAUCCCUGUUUACCUUCCAUUUUUAAUCACCCCUUCUUUAUUUUUCUAUACAUAAAAAUUCAUUAAUUCGAGUACUCGAGCCUUUUAUCUGAUAUGUCAAGUUUUCACAAAUAUUCAAAUCAUGUUAUUUUACACAAUCAUAUUAUUUAAUACAAACACCCUAAAAUUCAAUACAUAAACCAAUAAAGCCAAUAAAUCAAUAG